GUUGACGUGAUCGCCGCAAAUGUGGAGUUGGGCAUUCGUGUGAAUCAGCGUUCAAUACUCAACAAUGUCGUUUUGGUUCGACGAUGACGACCCAUACAGUCAAAAGCAGAGUCAGUCGCAGGCUUCCCGAUUGGGGCAGGAAUCAGAAUUUGAGUGUCAGACCUGUGGUGCUACGGAAAGCUAUCACGAUUCGGCUACCGGCCGCGAAGUGUGUACGGUCUGCUAUACUCAGUCGCAAGCUAUUACUCAGGAUGCAGAGAUGGAAGUAGAAGACGUCAUGGCGCUGGCAGCCAAAACCAAAUCGGGUCGGCUUCUACAACGGAGACAAAGGACCGGGGGCAAGCGCGGACGGGAGAAGUUUCCCAUGGAACCACUCAAUAGCGCAGUCAAGCUUCCAGAUUUGGACACCUGCUUGAAAGGUAUGCGUCGUGUCUUUAAAAUAUGUAUCGAAAGAAUCGGCGACCUGUUGUAUUUAGAGGAUGAACACCGGGCAACUCUGGACCAAAAUGUGAAAGGUUUGUGGUUGGCCUAUCUUCGAUCCUGGGCCGACGGUGCGGAAUACUAUGGCAAACGGUAUCCGGAAGUUCGAAUUUCUCUUCGCGACCAAUUUUUCUAUGCGCACAAAGCUCAUGUGCCAGCGAUAUACCGCCAUCUUUCGUAUAAGGCCGCCCAACGGAUAAAAGAAGCUGAGGAUUGUUCACGGACGGAAAAUGAGGAAAAGCGUGAUCCCAUAUUUGACUCUUCCGACGAGGAAGGUAAGGAAGAAGCUUGGAGUGAGCAUAUCCGAUCGAGCACGAAGAAACGGCCAAGGACAGGGAAGAGCACCGAUUCAUCCAUCCUCGAUCCUGUCUUGAGUUCCUCGUCUCCUGACCUCGUUGCUUCGAAGCCAACAUUCAUUGCGAGUGGAAAUGACGGCAAGAAAGUUACGUUUCGGCAUGAUACACGCAAGUCUACCAUGACUCCAAUGCUGUAUGCCGAAAAAGAGCACCUGCAAAAAGAUUUCGACCGAAAGGAUGCUGCGUUGUAUUCCGCCCCUUCCAUGAAACUGGUCCUGGCACUGGUUUGGACUGCCGUCUCUCGAUACGGUGUGUCUUCCAUUCAGAUACUAAAGUGGGUCUACAAUGGAUCCUUGCCACUUUUCAACGCUUUCAAUUUCUUCGAGGACAAGUUGAAGAAAGAACUUGCGCCGAUCGCGUCGUUUUUUCAAAUGCCGAAACCGCCAACCCAAGCGUCAUUGGUAGAGAAAUCUCGUUAUUUGCUGAUCGCGUGCGGAUUGAAGUCGCCCGAUGCCUUUGGUGGCCCCUGGAUGGAACAUUUGGCGGCUUCCAAUGAUCGACGCAUACCACCGGAUAGCGCACCCCGUGCGUUAGCUCAGAUCGUGGCUGACCUUGGCUUCGGCCAACAAGUAUUGGAUAUUGCGCUGGCUCUCAUGGGACUCAAGGACGCGGCGGAAAAGAGUGGCCUACCUCAACCUUUGGUGUUUGCACAGCCUGACCGUCUUUUUACCGUGGAUCACCUUUUGGCGCUGGUAGCUUGUUCGGUGCAAUUCGUUCCUGCUUGGCGGGCCUGGAAGUUUCGGAGACCACUGUAUCGAUCUCGUAAACGAGCCAAGCGAUACGUUCCGUGGAAUGAGGAUGGGGUUAGGUUCCUGGGAAAUGGUCCGUCGCUGGAGGGAUACUUAGACUUUUUGGACGAAGCUGUAUUUAGCACCAGCAAUUCGGUGAUUCCCGAAUUCUCUAACUCAUUGGACUAUACGGCGCCACCCCCUCCCGAUCAUCUUAUUCUGGACAACGACGACGAGGAUUCUUGCAAAAAAGCCGGCGAGGAAGUCGGACCUUGCGAAGAUUUUCUGCUGGUCGACUUUCCGCACACAGCGGGCGAGGAGAAUUUCUUGGAUCAUUUAAUGUUUGCCAUUGAGGACAAGUUGAGAAUUUGGUCCCACUACGGCCGGGAACCGCUGGUUUUGGAUCGGCAUCAAGAGUUGCUGAUCGAUAUGCUGGGGUACUAUGCGGAGACGGAUGCGAGAUUGAUUCACAGAGCGCUUCAGGAUCUGUUGGGGACGGGGCGAGCGUCAAGGAAUUGGAUGAAGAAAACGCUUCGCGUCGAGGUGAGGCAAGAAGCCAAGAGACUCAAGACCGCGGCGGAUGAAAAACGCAAAGAGUCCAAGCAAAAAAAGGGCACGACCGCAGCGAGGAGGUCCGCGGACCAAGCCAAGAAAGGUUCAAACUUAAAUGCGGGGAGAAAGCAAGGGUCCGUUUCGAAAGCCACUAUUGGAAGCGAUCUCGUCGCGGAUGCAACUCAACAGUUCACCAGCGUAGUAGACGACAGCAACGAGACAGUUCGAGCCGAUGCGAGCAGGGCAACUGAAGCAACAGCAACAACUGAUCCUCCGCCAGAACCUUUGCGAGAGGAUUUUAAGUUUGCUCAAGUGUAA